AUGAUUACAUAUCCAGAAUAUAAAAUAAAUAAUCAAACGAUUUUACAAGAACAAUUUGAUGAAAAUUAUGAACCUACUCAAGAAGAAAUUCGUGAAUAUGCAAUUUACAUUGGUAUUGAUCCAGAUAAAGAACCUCAUCUUCUUUGGUUAGCUAAAGAAGGUAUUAUGAAACCAUUACCACCGGGUUGGAAACCGUGUCAAGAAGAAAAUGGAGAAUUAUAUUAUUUUAAUUUUGAUACUGGUAAAUCAUCAUGGGAUCAUCCAUGUGAUGAAAUAUAUAAAGCUCGUGUUCUUGAAGAACGACGAAAGCAACCAUCAUCAACAAAUCUACUUGAUACAAAUCCAAGAGGUACUCUUACUCAAACAGGUAGAAGUACAUCGACCGUAAGCGAUUAUUUAUCAGGAGGAAAAAAAUCACUGCCAAUGGGAAGUAAUGUUAAUACACCUGUUGUGGCAAGAACUGAAGCACAUGCUAAUGCCCAAUAUGUAAAUAGUGAUAAUGAUGAUAUUGACGAAGAAUUAAUGAACAGUGGAGAUGAUGAUGACGAACAAAGUAGUGAUGAUUUUAGAAGACGAGUUGAUUUUGGUAUUGAUCCUAGACUUUCUGCACGUAUUGAAGAAAAAGAAAAAGAAGCAAUUACAACAUCAACAAUGUCUGCACCUCGUCCAAUAAAUCCUUUGGAAAAUACAGACAGAAAAAUAGAGAAUAGAAAAGAUUCUCUAAAUGAUGAUGAUAAAGAAAAUAAUCGAAAAAAACGUGCUGAAUUAUUAGCAGAUGCAGCUGUACGUCGUUUAUCCAAUGCUAGUAUGAAUAAAUCAGGACCUCAUUUAACUAAUGAAGAUACAUUAAUUACACCACGUGAAGAACAUGAUCUAACUCAACUUCGAGCACGACUUGAGGAAUCUGCCAAUGAAGAAAAAUUACAAAUACUUGAAGAUAAUCGAAAUUAUAUUGAAAAAGUAAAAAAAGAAUUAAAUUUAGCAAAACAAAAAGAAGAACAAACAUUACGCGAUAAAAUGAAAACUGAUUUAGCUUCAAUUGAAAGUAAUUUACGUGAAAAUAUUGCACGUGAAAGAAAAUCAUUAGAAAAUCAAAAACAAGAAGAAUUAAAAAAUAUUAAACAAGUAAUUGACAGAGAAAAAGAAGAAUUGCAAAGAAAAUUAAGAGAAAGCAUGCAAUCAGAUUUGAAUGUAUAUAAAAAUACACUUGAUCAACAGAAUAAUUCGAAUGCACAAAUUCGUUCUUUACAAGAUAAACAUAGCCGAGAUAAGAGUGAAUUCGAAGAGAGAUUACGUCUUCUAGAAAGUCGCCAUAAAAAUGAAAUUGAUGAUUUAAAUCGACGUUAUGAACAAGCGAAAGCUGAUAGAGAUAAAUUAGAAAAACAUUUAAAAGAGAAAGAUAAUCUUUGCUCAACAUUACAACGAUCAAUGGAUCAAUUACGUAGUGAUAAAGUAACAGUUGAACGAAAAUUACAAGAUGCUGAAAUCAGAUUGAAAGCAAUUGAGGAUAGUAAUCGACAAGUACAAUUAUCUAUUGCUCAUAAAUCAUUAACAAACGGUAGUGAAAAUGAUGAAGACGAUGAUGAUGAUGAUGACAAUUUUACUCCAAAAAAACUUAAUAGUAAAAAUAAAAAUGGUUUUCAUGAUGAUGAUGAUGAAGCGGAACAAUUAAGUGAUACAGAUAGUGAUGUAGUUGAAAUGGAACAAACAUUAAAAGAAUUACGACAAACUCAACGUGAAUAUAUGUCACUUCUUCCAACAUCAAAUAUAGAUGAAAGCCAAAAACAACAUAUGAAAACAACAACAAUUGAUUUAACAAAAUUAUCUGUUGCUGAUGUUGCCCCAGUUAUAAGAAAUAUUCGUACAAUUAAUCGUAAUAUGCCAAGAAUGUAUGAAUCUUUUGAAACAAUACCAAAUCAAUUAUUAACUGAUUCAGGACGAUGGUCAAAUACAAUGAUAUCAACACUUAGUAAUAAUACAAAUUCAUCAUUUAUGUAUCAAACAAUAAAUGGUUAUCAACCGAUAGUAUCAAAAAAUAAUCAUUGGAGUUCACAACCAACCCUUGUUACAAGAGAAGCUGUAUUAAAAGCAGCACGAAAAGUAUUUGCACCUGGUGUAAUUGAUCAAUUAACAUCAAAUACAAGAUCAUCAACACAAUGA